AUGGCCGAAUCCGACGACGAGUACGUGCAAGACAUCUCCGACGAGGAUAUAGAAGCCCAUCAAGUCACCCGGGGUGCUGGGGCGGGCUCAAGGGUGACCGGACAGGGCAGUCGAGGAGCAGGAUGGGAGGUAACCCGCACAUGGGAGAACGUUGUAGAAGGCGCGGAUGGCACAAUCAGUUCCACAGUCGAGGGACUUCUUGAGGCAGGCAAGAGGAAGAGGCUGCUCAAAGACACCACACCCCUCCAGAGAGGCAUCAUCCGCCAUCUGCUCCUUGUUCUCGACCUUUCAAAUGCCAUGUCCGACAAGGACUUGCGCCCAACCCGCUACCUCCUCACUCUCCGCUACACCAUAAACUUCAUCACCGAAUUCUUCGAGCAGAACCCUAUCUCUCAACUCGGGAUAAUAGGCACACGCGAUGGUCUUGCGCUCACGAUAUCAUCCCUUUCAGGUAAUCCAAACGACCAUAUCUCCAACAUCCAGAAAUUGCAUGAGCAGGAACCAAAAGGUCAACCUUCUCUCCAGAACGCCCUCGAUAUGGCUCGUGCCGCUCUCUUUCAUGCGCCUACACAUACGACCCGCGAGGUCUUGAUCCUCUUUGGCUCCCUUCUCUCCUCCGACCCGGGUGAUAUACAUGCCACUAUUUCCGCCCUUGUCUCCUCCCACAUAACUGUCACAAUCAUCGGUCUCGCCGCCCAAGUCGCCAUCUGCCUCACCCUGGCCACCCGCACAAAUCCCUCACUACCUCCAAGCCAAACAUACAACGUCGCUCUCAAUGAAAUCCAUUACCGCGACCUGCUCAUGCGCGCAACCACCCCUCCAACCACGCCCCAUUCCACCACUGAGCGCAGUGGAGUUGAAAGCAGUCUACUCAUGAUGGGCUUUCCGAGCAGGAUCGUCGACCCAAGUCCUACACUAUGCGCAUGUCAUUCACGUCCCACGCGUGGCGGCUAUCUCUGCUCUCGCUGCAGCAGCAAGGUCUGCUCGCUACCAACACAAUGUCCAGCAUGCGGCCUCACCCUCAUCUUAAGCACGCAUCUAGCACGCAGCUACCACCACUUGUUCCCCUUACGCAAUUGGCGAGAAGUCACCUGGGCACGCGCAAACGAAUCGGGUCAAAAGGUCUGCUUUGGCUGCCAGGCACCGUUCCCUGAACGACCUGCCUCACUGCGGCGCCAGAGUACCUCUGGCGCGCAGAACCAUGUUCGGAUGUCGCUUGCUACUUCGCGGAGCCAACCUCACCCUCCGAAAGCUGUGCAUACUAGUACUGCGAGUAAGGAUGGGGUAUCCGAGUCUGGACGGUAUGAAUGCGAAAAUUGUGGAAGAUUCUUCUGUAUUGACUGCGACGUAUUUGCACACGAGGUUGUCCAUAAUUGUCCCGGAUGUCAGAGUCGGGAAGGGAUCUUGACUGCUGGGACUGGGAAGGGAGUAGGUCAGACGGAGGUGGUGGUUGAGGAGAUGACCGGUGAAACGGCUUCCUAG